AUGACUGUUUGGUUAAUAAAAUUAUGUCAUCUAAUCGUAUAUCUGGUAGUUAUCUGUUGGCAAACCAUCGAUGGUUUCCCAAAUCAGGGUAAAUGGUCUUACAAUGUCUCACAGCGAAAGUGUCACUACUUUGAAGUCAAUUCAGCACUUUAUGCCAACUCAAGCAUAUCCAUCAAAAUCUCAUGCGAUUCGCUUGAAGACAAAGAUCUGGCCGUACGUAUCGGUUGGACAAUCAGAGAGACGCCAUGUUUUGAGGAAUAUUUGGGACCCGAAAUAGCGUUACCCGAAUUUCUCAAAUGGUACUACUUUUGUCCGGCCACUCCGUUCGGCGAUUUCGGCUACGAUAGGAUACAGUAUUUGAAGACCAACGAAGUCGUAAUCAAAUGCAAUCAAUUGAAAAAUCUAUCGCCAAAAGGAAACUUUGUCUACGAGCUGAUCGGAUCCACGACCAACCGUAGCUGUUCGCCACCGGACGUAAUGUGUAGCAGUUCACCGGAGACAACAUUGCUAACACUUAUCGGCGACUAUUCCGAGUCGUCGAGGACAAUAGACGCCGAUAAGACACUAGAGAAGAGAUCGUCGUCGUCGUCGUCGGAGACAUUGCCGACACCAUUGUCCAGAAUAAUGAGUGGCCGCGAUCUGACACGAAUGCCUUCUUUGUCUGAAAAUGAGCUAACAGUGCCCAAUGAUGGCGUCUAUCUACUAGUUGUUUAUAUUGAAUCCAUGGACAGUAGUAAACGGUUUAACGCCGAAGUUGACAUCGAAAUGAAAACCCAAAAAGGACAGUACUUAUCGGCAAUCGAUUGGCCACUAUUGCCGUUCUACGGUGUUAUGUGCGGCGUAUAUGUAGUGUUUGCUUUCAGUUGGCUAUUGGUAGCGUUUCUCCAAUGGCGUGAUCUGUUGAGGAUCCAGUUCUGGAUCGGUGCCGUCAUAUUUCUGGGAAUGUUCGAAAAGGCUGUAUUUUAUGCCGAAUACCAGUCGAUCAAUUCGACUGGUGUUUCGGUCAAAGGGGCCGUACUUUUUGCCGAAAUUAUGUCGUGUUUUAAGCGAACAUUGGCCCGAAUGCUAGUCAUUAUUGUUUCGUGCGGUUUCGGUAUUGUUAAGCCACGUUUGGGACCGAUAUUACAUCGGGUUGUAUGCGUUGGCGGUAUAUAUUUCAUUCUCGGAUCAAUUGAGGCAAUACUUAGGAUUUAUAAGCCAAAGACCGAUCCGACUAACCAGACACUGAUGGCUGGCAUACCGUUAGCCGUAUUGGAUUCAGUAAUCUGUUGGUGGGUUUUCAGUAGUUUAGUUCAAACAACAAGAAUAUUACGAUUGAGACGUAAUGUUGUUAAACUAAAUCUUUACAAACAAUUUACAAAUACAUUAAUAUUUGCAGUCUUAGCAUCAAUUAUAUUCAUGAUUUGGCAAAUUCAUAAUCAUAAAUUAACACAAUGUCUAAACGAUUGGACAUUUUUAUGGUUUGACGAAGCCUUUUGGCACAUACUGUUCUCAGCUGUACUGUUAGUGAUAAUGAUUUUGUGGAGACCGACAAACAAUAAUCAACGAUACGCAUUCACACCGCUAUUGGACGCCAGUGAGGACGAGGAUGAGGAACAGUAUCAUCAGAUACCUCACGAAGCUUUCGAUGGUAUGAAAAUGAGAGGCAAAAAUGGUACACAUUUUGAGACCAACGACAACAAUAGCAACAGCAACGACAUUAGCAAAGAAACUGAAGACAAUCUUAAAUGGAUUGAAGCAAACAUACCGACCUCUAUGAUUGAUAAUGCAUUGCCAGCGCUGAUUGAUUCCGACGAAGAGAUAAUGACCACACAUUUGGAAAUGAAUAAAAUGGAGUGAAAUUUAAAAAAUUUAAAAAAAACACAAAAAACGAAAACAACAAAAAACUAAAAACCAUUAUAUAAUUUAUUUAUAAAUUA